UAUAUCAGUGUAAAGCCAAGCUGGUAGGGGCAACUCUCUCUCUCUUCUUCUCUGUAUCUCUCUCUCUGUCUCUUUCUCUCUCUCAUAUAUACUGUGAAUCUGUUACAGCCAGAGAUGCUCUGUACAGGACACUCUAGAAAAAUAAACCCUCUUCAACUUGCAGUAUCAGACAACCAUUGUACUGCUUUACAGCACACACAACAAACUAAAAAUUAACACACACACACUCCUUCUCUCUCUCUUUCUCUUUCCUUGUUGAUAAGUUUUUAUUCCUGUGCUUCUUCAAUAUUUUUUCACCUUUUUUUGCUGGUAUGGAUUUGUUUUUGUUGGUGUCUUUUUGAAUCAUCAAGAGUAUAAAAGGAGUUAUUUUUUGGGUUUUUGGGGUUGUGGGGUUUUGUAUUUAUAUGUAUAAUUUUUGAAUUGGGUGGUUUGGUAGAGAGGGGAAGUGGAGUGAUUGUGAAAAUAAACUCCUGAAAGUGUUGUCGGCGCUAUGUCACUUUCUGUCGGCAUUGUUUGUAUACAACGGUGAACAGAGAGAGAGAGAAAGAGAGUGAGUGAGUGAGUGAGUGAGUGUAAGAAAGCAUUACCAUUAAUUUUUUUAUUCUAAAAGUACAACAACAAAGUUUGAUAGACAGACAGCUAAGAGAGGCUUCCGGGUUUUCAUUCUUGGACUUAGAGAGUAGCUGGUACGUAUCUGUAUUUAUCAUCACCCUUUUUGGUAUGUCUGUAUCAUCGCCCACUGAAGAAGUAUAUUGAUUUUGGUUGGACAUAGUACACUGGGACUUGAAGAUUUGGUCGUGAUCCCAACUGGGUUUCAUUGAUUUUUUUUUUUUUUAAGUAGGAUAUAUUAUUUGGGGUAUCUUCUUGAUUUCAUUGUUGGGUUUUGCCUUAAAUAGAGCAUUCAUUUUCAAUGUUGGGAAUGUGGGUGAAUACUGAUUUGGUCGUUAGUAGUGGUAUUUAGAAGAUUCAUUUCACUUUAUCAUUGGCAAAUGAAGCUGCGGUUCUUAGAGAUCUGGCUGCAUUACUUCCCUAGGAAUUCAGGUUCAAUGCAUAACUAUUUGUAUCCCAAUUAUACUGUACAGCUUAGCUGAAGUGCUUCCCAUACCAGAUGUCAAGGCAUCUUGCAGCAAUAAUAGGAGCUGCUGCAGGAGCCGUGGCAUUGGUGGGGAUAGUUAUCUUCUUUAUAUGGUUCUGCCUCUCUCACAAAAGAAGUGUUUCAAGAACUUCUGAGACAGGAUCCUCUGAUCCGUCUGUUCAAGUGGGAAGACAUGUUGGAGUUGAGUUGUCAUUUCGAGAAACAAGGCGCUUCGAGAUGGAAGAAUUGUCUCUUGCCACAAAAAAUUUUAGUGAUAAACAAUUAAUCGGGGAAGGAAAAUUUGGGGAGGUAUACGAGGGCUGGCUUAAUGAUGGGGUGCUUGUGGCCAUCAAGAAGCGAUCUGGAGCACCUAGCCAGGAAUUUAUCAAUGAGGUACGCUACCUUUCACCUAUUCGGCAUCGAAAUCUUGUGACUCUAUUGGGCUAUUGUCAGGAAAAUAAUCUGCAGUUUCUUGUAUAUGAGCACGUACCUAAUAAAAACAUUUCCAGUCACUUGUACGGCACUGGCCAACUUCCGAAAGAAUUGCUAGAAUUCAAGCUUAGACUUACAAUAGCCCUAGGUGCAGCUAAAGGUUUGGCUCAUCUUCACUCCCAGUCUCCCCGUUUGAUACAUAAGAAUUUCAAAACAGCCAAUGUUCUUGUAGAUGAAAAUUUUAUACCUAAGGUUGCAGAUGCAGGACUUCGUAAUUUCCUCGGAAGAGCUGAUAUUGCGGGCCCAUCUUCUCAAGUGCAAGCAGAUGAGAUAUUCCUCUCCCCGGAAGUGCUAGAGUUCAGACGAUUUUCUGAAAAAAGUGAUGUAUACAGUUUUGGGGUAUUCCUUCUGGAGUUAGUAAGUGGGCGGGAAGCAACUGAAUCACCUUCUUUUGACUCAAAUCAGAACUUGGUUGAAUGGGUGCAAAAUAAUCAAGAAGAUAGCAAGUUUUCCAACAUCAUUGAUCAAAGAUUGGACAAUACCUUUACAGCUGAAGGCAUGGAAGAGGUCAUACAACUGAUAGUCCAAUGUGUCCAACCUUCAAGUGAGAGGCGACCUACCAUGAGCUAUGUGGUAAUGGAACUUGAUCGAAUACGAGAGAAAGAGAUCAGCUUGACGACAGUCAUGGGGGAAGGAACCCCACACGUGGCCCUUGGAAGCUUCUUAUUUAAAACAACAGAAUAAAAUAUAUUUGUUUGCAACCAUAAUGUUGAGAGUGAUAUUUGUUACAUACUUUUUUUUUUACUUUCUAUUUGUUAUAUUUUUCUUUUUUGAAACAUGAGAGAAGAAAUCCAGCUGUUUGAUAAGUGUAUAAAGAACAGCUGUAUUUUUUUUUUUCCAUAAAUGUAUGAGAAACCUUGAUGUAACCAUUAUUUUUGUUAAUAUCAAAGUGAAGCUUGGGGUGGGCUUGAUUUUU